AAAGGCGGGAGGCGGGAGCGCGCGCCUGGGUGGCUGCUGUAGCCCUGGGUUAGCCAGAGCAGGAAGUGAACGUGCUAUGGCUCACAGGCCGAAAAGGACUUUCCGGCAGCGCCGAGCGGACUCUAGUGACAGCGACAGCACCCAGGAGCCAUUUGCUGAACCCGGGGCGCCGCGGGAGCAUGCAGACCUGGGCCCUGCGGAGGAAGGGCUGCCGUCUGGAGGAGGCCGCGCAGAAGCGGCGGAACUACCACGCCGGGCCUGGGGUCGGGGCCGCGGCCGGGUCUGGGCCAGUUCCCGGCACGCCGCGAGAGCGGCUCCGCGCUUGGACGGAGGCUCGGACGUCCCAGAAUCCAGAGCGGUUGAUCUUUCAACAGACGAAGAGGAUGGAACACAUCAUUCUUCAGAAAGUAAAGAUGAUCAGAGUUCAUCUUCCAAUAGCUCUAGCUCGCUGGAAGAAGAGUUUACAUCACUAGUAAAUAUCCCUGAUGCAGCUUUUAUUCAGGCAGCCUACCGAAAACGUGAAUUGGCCAGGGCCCAAGAGGACUAUAUUUCUUUGGAUGUAAAACAUGCCUUCACCAUCUCUGGUAUGAGGAAAAACACUGAAUAUCCUGAGAGUGAGCCUGAUGAUCAUGAAAAUAUAAUACCAUUUACCCCGAAGCUUCAAACACUUAGACAAAAGAUGGCUGAAGAAACAGCAGCCAGAAAUGAAGAAACAAGUGAAGAUAGUGAAGAAGAUAAAAAAUAUCAAGAUAUUUGGGAGCAGCAGCAGAUGAGAAAAGCAGUUAAAAUCACAAAGGGACGAGACAUAGAUCUCUCUCAUAGCAGUGAAUCUCAAACAGUGAAGAAGUUCGAUGCUUCCAUUUCAUUUCCACCAGUAAAUUUAGAAAUUAUAAAGAAGCAACUAAAUACUAGAUUAACAUUACUACAGGAUACUCACCGCUCACACCUGAGGGAAUAUGAAAAAUACAUACAAGAUGUCAAGAGCUCAAAGAGUACCAUCCAGAACCUAGAGAAUUCAUCAAAUCAAGUUCUAAAUUUUAAAUUCUAUAAAAGCAUGAAAGUUUAUGUGGAUAAUUUAAUUGACUGUCUUAAUAAAAAGAUUAUCAACAUCCAAGAAAUAGAAUCAGCCAUGCAUGCACUCCUUGUAAAACAAGCCAUGAUCUUUAUGAAACGCAGGCAAGAUGAAUUAAAACAUGAAUCAGCGUAUUUACAACAGUUAUCACGCAAAGCUGAGAUGUCAACAAAUAGAAGCUUGGCUAUAGAUGAAAAAACUCAGUGGAUUUUAGAAGAGAUUGAAUCUCGAAGGGCACGAAGAAGACAAGCAAGGGUUCUUUCUGGGAAUUGUACUCAUCAGGAAGGAACAUCUAGUGAUGAUGAACUAUCUUCAGACAUGAUUGACUUCCAAAAAAGCCAAGGUGACAUUUUACAGGAUCAUAAGAAGAUUUUUGAAGAUGUACACGAUGAUUUUUGUAAUAUCCAGAAUAUUUUAUUGAAAUUUCAACAAUGGCGAGAAAAGUUUCCUGAUUCUUAUUAUGAAGCUUUCAUUAGUUUAUGCAUUCCGAAGCUUUUAAAUCCCCUAAUACGAUUUCAGUUGAUUGAUUGGAAUCCUCUUAAGUUUGAUUCCAUAGGUCUAAAACAGAUGCCAUGGUUCACAUCUAUAGAGGAAUUUAUAGAUAGCAGUAUGGAAGAUUCAAAGAAGGAAGAUAGUUCUGAUAAGAAAAUCUUGUCUACUGUCAUCAGCAAAACAAUUAUUCCUCGACUUACAGACUUUGUAGAAUUCAUUUGGGAUCCCUUAUCAACCUCACAGACAACAAAUUUAAUAACACAGAGCAGAAUGAUUCUUGAAGAACAUUCCACUUGUGAAAAUGAAGUUAUUAGUAAAGGCAAACAGGAUUUACUUAAACCCAUUGUUUCAAGAAUGAAGAAGGCAAUAGAUGAUGAUGUUUUUAUUCCUCUAUAUCCAGAGAGGAUGGAAGAGCUGUAUGGAAAGAAAAGAAAGGAACUUCUAAGCUUGCUAGUUAAUGUGAAUCCUGAAGAGAUGCCUGCAUGUAAAAAUUCCCCCCCAGUAAGUGCUGUAGAAAACAGAAUGUCACCACAUUCAAAGUUCCAAGAAAGACAGUUCUGGUCAGGUCUAAAGCUCUUCCGCAAUAUUCUUCUUUGGAAUGAACUCCUCCCAGAAGACACCUUGCAAGAGCUAGGACUAGGGAAGCUGCUGAAUCGUUAUCUUAUUAUAGCUCUUCUCAAUGCCAUACCUGGGCCAGAUGUUGUUAAAAAGUGCAACCAGAUAGCAGCAUGUUUACCAGAAAAAUGGUUCCAAAAUUCUGCCAUGAGAACAUCUUUUCCCCACCUAGAAAACUUCAUCCAGUUUUUACUGCAGUCUGCACGUAAAUUAUCUACAAGUGAAAUCAGGGAUGAAGUCAAAGAAAUAAUUCUUAUUCUGGUGAAAAUAAAAGCUUUGAAUCAAGCAGAAUCCUUCAUAGAAGAAUAUCACCUAGACCAUCUUAAAUCAGUAAUUAAAGAAGUUUGAGUGAACUUUAUAGGAAAGUACUAAAAUGAGGUUUUAAUAUAGUCACACUUGGCUCUUUUGCUUGGAGAAAGAAGAAAAAAAAAAAAAAAAAAGUGUUGCCACUUCUUUAUUCCCAGUAAUGGAGGGGAGGAUUUGCAAAACCCGAAAAGCAAGGACUCUUGUCUUUCCAUUCCUUCCACCUUCUACCUUCUGGUAUCAUGAAAGGCUGCACCUUUUUUUGCAGUGUUUGCAGGAAUUAGACACACAGGAACAGUAAGAGUUUAACAUAUUUCCAUUUCCAUUUGAUUUUUCCAUCGACUUUUCCAGCUUAAGAAAGGAGUUGAAGGAAGCUUGUUAUAGCUGUUUUGGCUUUGGUUGGUCUUCUGUCCUGAACCAUAAAAACCUCUUUUAGUUCUCUUCAUUUUAACUAUCUCUGUUUACAAAUGAGUUUAAAUGAAAAUCUUAAUCGUGAUGAAUUACUUGUUAAGUAUUCUGAUUAAGGCAUUUUAGGGCUUUUGAUAACUAAUGCUUGUCAAAUUGUUCUUCAGAAAUGUGUACCAAUGUAUUGUACCAACAGAAGUCUAAGGAAGGCCAAUGAAUCUCUACCAGCAAUAGGUAUCAUUUUUUUUUUAACUCAUUGGCACUUAAUAGGUGAAAAAAAUCUUAUUUUAAUUAUUUGUUUUGGCUAUUAGAGAGUGACUACUUGUUUUUUGGCCAUUUGUAAUUCUUUUUGAAAUAUCUAUUCAUCUUUUUCUUAUGGAUUUGUAAGAGCUUUAUAAUUUAGAGAUACUGAUGUUCUGGGAAUUCCCUGGCAUCCAGUGGUUAGGACUCUGCACUUUCACUGCCAAGGUCACAGGUUCGAUCCCUGGUCGGGGAACUAAGAUCCCGCAAUCCACACAGCACGGCCAAAAAUAAAAACAAAAACAAAACAAAAAACAAAACAAAGAUACUCGUGUUUUGGCUGUGCUAUGUUAUAGUUUCCCUCAUUUGCCAUUUUCUUUAAAUUUGUGUAUGUUUUUGGUGUACUAAGUUAUCGCUUGUUAGGUAGUUACUAUUUUUUGUUGUGGUUUUUUUGUCAUUGGUGGUAGGCCUAGAUAGGAAACAAGUAUUUUAAAUAUUCAGCACAGCGACUUCCCUGGUGGCGCAGUGGUUAAGAAUCCACCUGCCAAUGCAGGGGACACGGGUUCAAUCCUGGGUCCGGGAAGAUCCCACAUGCCAUGGAGCAACUAAGCCUGUGUGCCACAACUACUGAAGCCUGCACACCUAGAGCCUGUGCUCCGCAACAAGAGAAGCCACCGCAGUGAGAAGCCCCCAUGCACCACAAUGAAGAGUAGCCCCUGCUCACCGCAACUAGAGAAAGCCUGCGUGCAGCAACAAAGACCCAAUGCAGCCAAAAAUAAAAAUAAAUAAAAUUGAUUUAUUAAAAAUAAAUAAAUAUUCAGCACAUGUGA